AUGGCUCGUAUCGUGAAACCGAAGGGCUCCGUUUGGAACCCGCGUACUGUGACGGCGCCUAUCGCAGCGGUAGUUAUGGCCGGCCUGCUCUAUACCUACGCAAUUACCUCUAUACGGGCCGCGAAACGGAACGCGAAACUACACCGAGAAGCCGACGGCGGGCAACUUGACAUGCGCAAGGAAAGUUUGCGCAGACACGGUCUACUGGAUCCCGUGCAAGGCACAUCGGGUUAUGAGCUCUUCAGGGAUGCCAGAGCCGACGCCAAACAAGAGACGAAAUUUCUCAACGAGAACAAAGCGAAGCCGUUAGGUUCAGACCAGAAGGAAGAGGUUGGCAUGCCUCGCACUGAGAAUGAAAGUGUGCUCGAAAACUAUCGAGGCUCAGCAGCCCUGCAGAAGCUGAAGGAGGGUCAACCACGAGAAUGA